AACAUGAGCAGGAAAUUUUUCGUCGGUGGAAACUGGAAAAUGAACGGCGACAAGAAAAGCCUUGGGGAGCUCAUCCAGACCAUGAACGCAGCCAAGGUGGACCCCAAUGUCGAGGUGGUCUGCGGCGCUCCUUCCAUCUACCUGGACUUCGCCAGAUCUCACCUGGAUGCCAAGUUUGGUGUGGCAGCUCAGAACUGCUACAAAGUUCCCAAGGGUGCCUUCACUGGGGAGAUCAGCCCUGCGAUGAUCAAGGACUGUGGUGUGAACUGGGUGAUCCUGGGACACUCCGAGAGGCGCCACGUCUUUGGAGAGAGUGACGAGCUGAUCGGCCAGAAGACGGCUCACGCUCUGGAGAGCGGACUCGGUGUGAUCGCCUGCAUUGGGGAGAAGCUGGAUGAGAGGGAGGGCGGCAUCACGGAGAAGGUGGUGUUUGCUCAGACCAAAGUCAUCGCAGACAACGUAAAGGACUGGAGCAAGGUGGUGCUGGCCUAUGAGCCUGUCUGGGCCAUUGGUACCGGCAAGACCGCCUCACCCCAGCAGGCUCAGGAAGUGCAUGACAAGCUGCGGGCGUGGAUGAAGACCAACGUGUCUGAGGCAGUCGCCAACUCUGUGAGGAUCAUCUAUGGAGGUUCUGUGACCGGUGGAACCUGCAAAGAACUCGCCUCCCAGAAGGACGUCGACGGUUUCCUUGUGGGCGGUGCCUCCCUCAAGCCGGAGUUCAUCGAAAUCAUCAACGCCAAGGCAUAA